AUGUCUGCUUUCAUUCUUUCUUUUUCUUUCUUUCUUUCUCCCUUUCUUUCUUUCUUUCUUUCUUUCUUUCUUUCUUUCUUUCUUUCUUUCUUUCUUGGUUUUCUAUCUAUGUAUCUAACUAUGUAUCUAACUAUCUAUCUCAUUCUGCAUCUAUCUAUCUAUCUAUCUAUCUAUCUAUCGCAUUCUCUUUCUUAUCUAUCUGCCUAUCUGUCUCAAGAAAAAAUGCAAUACUCGCCAACGGUCGUCAUGUUGCGCGCAUUUUAUUUGCUUGUUUUGAUCUCGACCAAAUCUAUCUAUCUAUCUAUCUAUCUAUCUAUCUAUCUAUCUAUCUAUCUAUCUAUAGCUAUGCAUUCCAAUCUAUCUAUCUAUCUAUCUAUCUAUCUAUCUAUCUAUCUAUCUAUCUAUCUAUCUGUUUGUCUGUCUGCCUAUCUGUCUCAUAGACGAAAAGAAUGGAACGUAUGCCCAUCUUUCAAGAUUGACUACGUGUUCUUUCUUUUCCGUCAUUUCUUCUCUGCUUUUUUCCCCGCCAUUUCCCUCGAAUUUAAUCUCAUUUUCCAGACGUCUCUUUUUUCACUUGACGGCCAAAGCCACUUCGCCCCAUUUGGCAUUUUAUUUUCAUUUCUUUGCAUCUUUUCUUCGGUUUUCUCUUUUCCAACAUAA